CCUCCAUCUGUUCUGCUGUUCCAGAUCUGCAUCUCUGUUCCAGAUCUGUAUUGCUGUUGCAGAUCACCAUCCAUCUAUUCUGCUGUUUGCUGUUUGCUGUCUGCUGUUUGCUGUUCCAGAUUUGCAUCUCUGUUUCAGAUCUGUAUUGCUGUUGCAGAUCUGUGCUGCUGCUGUACACCGGAGGAAGGGACGCCGUGAAGACCUCCGUUGCCGCUGUGCGUCGCUGCUGUACAGCAGAGGAAUCGACGUCGCUUCUGCAGUGAAGACUACACUUUGAAGAUAUAUGGCUACCCCACCUGAGAACAGUGGUGAUGCUCCACCCACUGAAGAAGAAGCAUUCAAGGAGGUUAAACGGGGUAAAACUGUUAUGAAAGCAGUAAUACGGGCUCGAGCAGCUGGUCGUAAAUUACCAGUAAAUUGGAAUGAUAGGGGCCAAUUAGUUAAGUCUCCUCAGUUGGCCAGUUACAUAGGGGUCUUAGCUCGUCAUUAUGUUCCCUGUUGCAUUGCAGACUGGAGAAAGAAAAAUGACCCACAGCUUGAAGAAGCAAAAAAUAAUAUAUGGGAAGAUUUGUGUAUAUCUUUUGACCUGGAUGAGAGUCAUAGGCAUUAUAUCAUGAGAAAAGCAGCAUAUGCUCAUAGAAAGUUUCGAGCUACCCUCACAACAUAUCAUCUAAAAGAUGCAAAUGAAGAAUUCAAUCCUCAUCCUCCUAAAAUGUAUCCAGAGAUCCAGCAAGAGCAUUGGGAUGAAUUUAUUAAAAUGCGCCAACAGCCUGAAUUUCAACAGAUCAGCCAGGUCAAUCGCUCUAGAGCCGCAAGUACUCCUUUUCAAUAUAGAGCAGGAAGAAAGAGCUAUCCAGAUAUUGAACAUAGUUUGAGGGAAGAAGUUGGACCUAAUGCUCCAAUUUCUCGAGCUCUUGUUUGGAAGACUGCUCGAGAAGAUAAAGAAGGCAAAUUACCUGAUGAACGCACUCGAAAAGUCUGGGAGGAUUGUGAAGCAUUAUCACAAUCAAUAUCACAAGAUGAUGUGGGGGAGCAUGUGGAUGUCCUUGGUAGGGCAUUGGGAGCUCCAGAGGUCUCUGGUCGUGUUAGAGGAGUUGGAUUUGGCAUUUCUCAGGGCACCUACUUUGGACGUCGGUCUAAAAUUUUUACUGAAGAUGAUUUUAAUGCAAGGAUGGCAGAAAUGGAGGCGAGAAUGGAAAAAAAAUUUCAAGCUCAAAUGGAAAAGAGAUUUGAGCAAAUGAUUGGAGUUAUAAAUAUGCCACAAGGUAGCCCCAGUGAUAAAGAUAGUUGCUCCUUCCAUACUAAAGAAGACUUUCCUAAGGGCGAGUCUCAAUGUCAAUUAUGGUUAGAAUCACCACAUUGUCGUGUUGUGGCAAUCGGAUCUGUGUAUAAUGAUAAUAGUGUUACUAUACACUCCAGACCAUUGCUUGCUGAUCACUUAAAGGUGACUAUAACUAUUCCAAUAGAAAAUGAUGCUGAGUUGCCAGUGCAAAUAGAAGAUGAGGAUAUAUUCACGAUUUUUGAUGCCGUUGGAACUUAUGUGGCUUGGCCUUCAAAGCUCAUUAAGUUACAGUCCUCAAAAUUUAAAGAAGUUGUAAAAAAGCCAAUCAAAGCGAAAGAAAAGCCAUCGAAAGGAUCUACCUCUGUGACUAAGGCAAGGAAGACCAGCACAGAAUCUACUCAGUUGAAAUAUCCUCAUCAAAAUGCACUUGAAAUGAUUAUGCGGACAACAUUGAAAAAUGAGAUUCGUGAAGUAGAAUUUGAAAAGGAGAUUUAUGGUGAAAUAAUUAGCGAAAAAUUAGCAGCUGAAAAUAUUAACGAGAUUCUGACCAAGGAUUGGCUACAAACAACACAAAUUAGUUUAUACAUCAGGUACUUAUAUCAUACUUUUGUGGUGCCGGGCUCAUUGAUAACAAAAUUUUCAUUUAUUAGCCCGCACAACACUAGUACCUACAGUGUUGAGUACCAUUCUCAAAAGAUUACUGAUGCAUUCAAAGUCAAAGGCAAAAGAAACAUGUUAUUUUUAGCUCCUCACAAUCCAGGGCAACAUUGGGUGCUUGUUUGUAUCAAUCCAUUCGUCCCUGUGAUUUAUUAUCUUGAUUCAUUAAGAGAUAGUGACUUUAAGAACUACAAAUCUAUGAGGAUAUUAUUUAAUCAGGCUGUAGCACGUUAUCGAGGAGGUGAAGGUCUCCCUCCAAACACCGAAAGACCUGAUCCUGUUGAGUUUUAUUCUUGGAAAAGAAUAAAGGUUUGUAUUAUUUUCUUAAUAAAACAAGUUGGUACAUAUCUAAAUGAUUGUUUGAUUGAUAUUUUAUGUUUGUUAUUCUGAAUAUGUUGUUCUGGAUUGAUGUAGAAUUUUUGGAAAAUUCUGGAACUUCCAAGUUAUAGGGGAGACUCUGCCGGAUUUUCGACAGCAAAUACUUGUAUCAUAUAUAUAACUUCAUCACUGAAGUAUUUUAAAUUAAGUUAGAAUUUAUUUCUACCAUAUAAAUGACAUCUUUUAUUGUUUUAUAGGUACCUACACAAUUACAAGGUUGGGAGUGUGGAUACUAUGUUAUG